UGGUACUAUGGGACAUAAAAGGGGCUAGGAAGGGCAGGUGAUUCUGAGCCUGGUUUAGUGGACAGAAAUUCCACAGCUUUUCAAAAGGUGAAAGAAACAACGAGAGUACACCAUGUUGUGUCACACGACCCUGGUACUGUAUUGUCUAUGUCUUGGAUUGAUUUCACAAGGGAUGGCUGUGAACCUUUGGCCUCAGUGGUUGGUAGGAACCACAAACAAUAACAACAACAACAACAAUAAUUUCGGUGGUCCUUGGUGGCUGCUACCGGCAACCACCACCACUGCCACCACCACCAACAACAACAACCCUCCCAGCAGCAAUAGUUUCGACUGGUUCCAACGCGUCUUCAACAACAAGAAUGGAGGACAGAAAACCAAUGGCAACAACAACAAUAACAAUAACAACAACAGCAACAAAGGUGGCAACAAUCCAGCUUGGCUUCCCGAUAGUUUGUUUGGCGCAGGGGGAGCACCCUCGCCACCAGCUGGCGCCUCAAUCCGUGCAGCUAGCAUUAAGAUAAAGCCGGCAAUGGUCAAAAAGAAGCUGCGUAUGGCGAUGAAACCCGCCGGAGACGGUCACUCUUAUAUCAUAAAACUGAAAGAAAACGCAAUAGUUGGAGCGGCAGUAGUUAACAUGGGAGAUGCAAUUCGAAAGAACAGCAAAAAUAUAUUUGCUGCAGGAGUGAAAAAAGUAACAACAGUGGGGAGGAAAAAAUUCCUUAAGGUCCGAGCGGAAAAACGUGCUGUAGAGGAGGUGUUGAAUUUCAAUGAGGUGGAAUACAUUGAACAGGAUGUGCAAGUUUCGGCGGCUGCGUAUUGCGCUACCGAAUCAAACAUUGCUUCCUGGGGUAAGGACAGUCUUGACAAGCGAAACGCCGUUAUGGACAAUAAAUACAGUCCUCUGGGAAACGACGGCGCAGUCGUAAGGACCUACGUUGUUGACAGUGGAGUUCGACAAGACCAUGAUGAAUUCACAGGUCGGCUGAUAUUGGGGCCGAGUUACACAAACGACAAUCCGCAGCCAUCCAGUGGGGAAGAUCAGUUUAAUCACGGCACAUUAGUUGCAAGUGCCAUCGCUGGAAAUCUUUACGGCGCAUCAAAUAAAGCCACCCUUGUUUCGGUUCGAAUUCUGGAUGGCCAGGGAAACGGUUUCACGUCUGAUUUGGUUACCGCCAUAGGGUACGCAAUCACUGACUGCGGGCAACAACAAGGAAUUAGAUGUACCAUCAACCUUUCAUUAUCCGGGGGAGGGACUUCCCAGGCUGCUGCAGAUGCGAUUGAACAGGCAGUACAGGCUAACAUCCCAGUCAUAGGAGCAGCGGGAAAUGGCGGUUAUGAUUCAUGUAAUACUGUGCCCGGAAGCGCACCAGAAGCUAUCGUAGUGGGCGCGGUGGAUAACCAAUUUGCAUUUCCAAGUUCAAUAUCGAAUUACGGAACAUGUAUUGAUAUCUUAGCUGCCGGUGUGGAUAUCUUAGGUGCUAGCAGUUUCGGUCCAACUGCAACCACCACAAAAUCCGGAACUUCCUUCGCGACAGCUUAUGUGACGGGCGUGGUCAAUGACUAUUUAAGUGCUGUUCCAUCGGCUUCAGUAUUAACGGUUAAGCAGUUUCUAUCUGGUUGGGCUACCAGAAAUGCAGUGAGCAACGUUCCUAGUGGCACGGAUAACGUUUUAUUGUAUGUUGGGUGUUUUUGGUAGUUAGUGACAAAAGAAAAAAAAAAAGGAUGAAAGGAAUUCAGCUGUCAACUUCCAAUAACUUCAAGUGAAAUGAUAAAAUAGUGUAACAUUUCUGAAUCUGCAACAAAGCAAUUGAUGCAACACCAAGUAUGGCGCUUUUCCAAACGUUUGCUGUUUGUUCCCUGUACGGAUUACGGGCGACCUCGGAUUUUGCUCUAGGACUGACCAGAUUAUGAAACGAUCUUGGAUACUGGCGGACUUCGAGUUGCAGAAUUACUACUCUUUUUCGGCAGCGUUGGCUUACAGAGCAAUCUCCAUAACAGUAAAACCUGGAAACUAUCUUUAUGGAAAAGCCCAUAAUUUUCUCUUGAAUAAUCAUUUGCACUAAAGAAAAUCCUGUAUAUAUUGUUUAUCUUUCCAUUCAUUUCGUAUUUCUGAGGUUCAUGAUGUGAGUCCUACUAACACACGGCCAGCUAGCUUACAUGGGUGGCGACAAGUCUUUCGAUAACUAUGAAAAACGAUUGGUUUUUGCAUGGAUAGGUAUAGUUUUAUUUCAUCUAGAAACCCUACUCAUAUUUUACAUGGCAGAAAUAUGUGUCUACCUGUAAUGUACACUUUAUAUAAAUGUGUGUGCUUAAAAACUUUAUCAAUGACACCGUUUCAUGAUCUACACUCAUAUCGGGGGAUUUAAGUCACAACUUUCUAAAAAUGUGCAAUUACAUUACAUUUGAUUCAAAUAAUGCACCAUGUAGUUCCACAACCUAAGGCUAAGAUCUACAAUUGUAUGUACUUUCGUAUUAAAGCUCUCUUUAACUGUUGCAUGUUAGUUUCGAAAAUGAAAUAAAAUGAUAUAGUUAAGAGACAUAUUUUUUGCUUUGUUUAUAAUGACCACUGACAGUAUGUUCUCGAGUGGACCAAUAAAGUCAAAAUAGUAGAGAUGCUAUGUUUUGACCACUUUUAACAUUCAAUGGACUUUUUCUGCAAAAUGAAAGCAACUGAUUGUUUAAAAUUAGCAAACAAUUUACGGCAACAUGAAU